AUCCCUGGAAGUGUCCAAGGCCAGGUUGGACAGGGCCUGGAGCAACCUGGGAUAGUGAAAGGUGACAUAGGGAGUGGGUUGAGAUGAGCUUUAAGGUCCCUUCAACCCAAACCAUUCCAUGAUUCCAUGUAAGUGCAAAGCAGCAGACGGACGAACAUUCCCAGCUGAAGGUUGCUCUGGGAUGUGUCAGAGCAGCACCAGAGACCAAAGACGCCCAUUUCUUGUCCAGCCCCAGGGCCUGGUUGCUAAAUACGGCUAUCACAGGGUAUUGAAAGGGGAAAGGCAGCCAGUGAGCAUGCAGCCUUCCCUCCCAAGAAAUAACUCAGAGAUUGUGGUUAAAAGAUACCCUCAGCAAUUCCAAACUGGCAUCACCACUCGGGGCAGCAGCCUCUGAGUGACAGAGUGAGUUUGCUCCUCUGCAGCAGGAACUGUGUGGGGAUAAAGAAGCUCCAGGAGAUGUUUUUUCCCUUGGUGCCCUAAACCACUCUCUGCUCCAGGAUGGAAGGUUUUCCAGCCCUGCUGCUCUUGCUGGCACUACCAGGAGGGACUGGAAUGAUGAAUGAGUUCUCAUGGAAAAUGAUUAGAGUGCAGCUGAGAAAGCUCCAACUUAAUGACUCAGGAGAAUAUCAACUCGAGACCUAUUUCCAGGGGAGAAACAAACCACGGAAUAGCACCAAGCUGGAAGUUUUGGAGGAAUAUAGGUCUCUGGAUACAGAUUCUGACCCCAUUAAAUUUGCCACUGAGAAGGGGGACAUUGCCACAGAUGACACCAACAAGGAGCAGAGCAGUCUCCAUGCCCUCGUGGUGCUGAGCUCCUUCCUGCCCACCACUGCUCUGGUUGCUGCUGUUCUCUUCCUCCUCACCACCUACAUCAGGAUGAAAAGAGCAGGAAAAGGGAUGGACACUGGCAAACAUCCUGCUUUCAGACAGAGAGCACUGCAGCUCAGAGGACACAAGGGGAGCAGGAUGGCAGAAGGGGAACUGAGCAGGAGCACAGUCUAUGCUGUGAUCAGGCCCCAGCAGCAGCCUGGGCCCGAGGAUGUUCUGUAUGCCAACGUACAGCCUGCUCCCAAGGUUUUCUUCCACCUGCAGGAACCGCCGGGAAGUUCGGCCUCCUCGGGGCCUGUGGAAUACGCGACUGUUCUCUUCAGAACCACAGCUCCACAUCCUGACACUGCAACAGAGAAAAACAGCUUCACCUAAAGAAAGCAGCACAAAGUCUUGGGCUUCUUCACUGAAUUUUGCAGAAAUGCACUUAAAAUAACCUGUUUGUACCCAGCUGCUGAAGGUGGGCGAUGGGGUGAGGGGCAGAAGCAACUGAAAGGACACACGUGGGUGCACAAACCUUCCCUGGAAAACAACACUUUCCUAACAGCACAGCAUCACACCCAGCUCCUGGUGGGCAAAUCCAGAAGAAAGCUGUGGUAUGUUUGCUUUUCCAAAUUGCUGGUUUUAAAUGACAUAGAACUAUAAACCCAAAUACAGGAAACUGGUUCUGUCUGGCAGCAGCUGAUACAGCACCACAGCCAACGAGGGGCUGUGAGAUAUGAGAGAUGCUUCCUUUGGACUUUCUUCAACAGCUCACUUGAAUACUCACAGAUAAAGCAUUAAUUACUGCCCACUCUGAUAAGAUCCAAGUCAGCAAAGUGGUAAAAAUCUGCUUUAUUUGAAACACACGAGGUGUUUCCUGGGCUUCAGGGACACAGACAAUGCACUUGACAUGUUUUAGUAAACAAGAGGCUUGUUGGAAAAUAUUUGUCUACUUUAUAAUAUAAACAGUCAUCAGCUUGAACAUGCAGGGGUGAAAUUUACAUUCAAAAUUAUUGAUUUGUUUUACAAAGAAAUAACUUUGUAUUUCCCUGUUUGUUGUUCAUUAACACACACCAAUACUCCAGGAUAAACCUAGUUUGACUUUACUAUAAACUGUUGACCAAACUACAGAACCCUGAUCUCACAGUGAUAUGAUCAAACAUCCCUCAGGGAUUAUGGAUAAAUCCCCAAAUUCAUCUUAAUUCUGUGAGCUGAGCUGAGGAUGCUGAAUAGAACACAAAAAUAGGUUUAAAUUUUUGAUACUAAGAUUCUAAGAAAACCCCAGCCUGGGCACUGGGUGGCAAAGGAGGGAAGGAAGGGGAAAAAGCAGGGAAUACACCUACGGACUGUAUAAACUCUGUGAGUUAUUUAUCUGCCCGUGAGUACUUGUGAGAUUCUGAGGGUGAGAGACAGAAUUAAAUUCUGUUGACUGCUCUGAUGUGGCUAAAAAAUAUCAGGCUUUUUAUCAUUAUAUCUGAGAUGGUUUUGUUAUUCUAUUGCAAAUUUUAUGAAAGCAAAGCUAGAAAAUUACAUCAUAAUAAAGAAACCUAUUUCUGGCUUCCCAAACAGCCUUGCAUGAUUGUUCUCUUCCUGUCCCAGCUUCCCAUUCUCUGUUCUUACGUACUGUUAUUUCCUUUUUUCGGGUUUUUUUCAUGAUCAUCACUGUAUUGACCAAUUCUGGAAGGAACUAAUGACACUCACCCUUGUGCUUUGGUGCAUUUUUGAGAUGGCAGAAGCGUUGGUGUGGGGUCGAUACCAUUAAAUAUUUCCAAUACCGUA